AUGCCUUGCUCUCAAGUCUCGUGGCGUUUCCCCUCGUUCAUUCCAGAGCUGAUGUCGUCGCCGAGGUGUCUACAACAUGUAUACCAGUCAUCGUGCACAUUCAUUUCCUUAUUCUUAAACACUUUUUUGAUUUAUCUCAUUUCCUAUAAGUCGCCGAAGAAACUUGGAGAUUAUAAAUAUCUCAUGAUUUAUACAGCCGUGUUUGAGCAGUUUUAUACUGUAGUGGAUUUGCUCACAGAGCCGACCGCGUACUCCUACGGCUACUCCUUUGUAGUAUUCCGUCGGUACAAUGCCACGUGGACAAAUGCAGAAGAGUCACAAGUUCUUAUAGUUGCCUGGUGUGGACUAUUCGGAUCAUCCAUGGCAGUCUUCGGAGUUCAUUUUGUGUAUAGAUUCGCUUCAGUGCAUCCGAGCAACUCUGUUAUCUGUACUAAAAUCCAAUCUAUCGGCAGGAAUGUUCUUGUUUUAUUCGCGAUACCAGUUGUCUAUGGUGUCUGGUGGACUUUUGUAUGUAUUGUCUACUGUCGGUAUUCUCAUGAGACAUAUCAUUAUAUCAGAAACGUUACCAAAUCCCUUUACAACCUAAACAUCGAAGAUAUCAGUUACAUCUCCGCUGUCUUCUACGUCGACAAUCCUCUAGAUGGCUCCAUCCACCUCAACAUUGGCAGCUGGAUAGCCCUCUGUCAGUUCUCCACUAUGGUCGGCUCCUCCAUGUUUUGUGUCAGCUACCUUGGCUAUCGAUGUUAUUCCGAGUUAUCAAAUCAACUGUCCAUGACUUCUACUCAAUCGAAUUCUCUUCAAAAACAACUAUAUUUUGCAUUAGUUGGUCAAACAGUGAUCCCAAUUGCCUUAAUGUAUUUCCCUAUCUGUGUAUUUGUGUUUGGACCAGUUUUUAUGGUAGAAAUUGGAGUUGUGAGCACAUUUUUGACACAUGCGGUGACUCUAUACCCAGUUCUGGACCCUCUCCCAAACAUGUUUAUUAUCAAAAGUUAUCGGAACACUAUCAUGACAAUGUGGCAAAAUCUGAAAAACGGGACUUUCUGCUCAUCCAACAAGCAUCGGAUUACUGUAGAAACUGUGACAAGUGUGGGGACAACAAUGAGACAAUAUAAUUCAAGUGUUGUGUUCUGA